CCAACCAAAUCCUUUUGCAUAGCCGUCGUAACAAGGAAGAAGAAGAACAAGAAACCUCGAAAAAGCAGAGAAGAUGCAGAUCUUCGUCAAAACCCUAACUGGCAAGACCAUCACUCUUGAGGUCGAAAGCAGUGACACCAUUGACAAUGUCAAGGCUAAGAUUCAAGACAAAGAAGGAAUUCCUCCAGACCAGCAGCGUUUGAUCUUCGCUGGUAAGCAGCUUGAAGAUGGCCGUACUCUUGCUGAUUACAACAUCCAGAAAGAAUCAACUCUUCAUUUGGUGUUGAGGCUGAGGGGAGGAAUCAUUGAGCCUUCAUUGAUGGCUUUGGCUCGUAAAUUCAACCAAGAGAAGAUGAUUUGCCGCAAGUGCUAUGCUCGCUUGCACCCUAGGGCUGUGAAUUGCCGUAAGAAGAAGUGUGGUCACAGUAAUCAGCUGAGGCCCAAGAAGAAGAUCAAGUAAGCUUUUGCUGAUCGUUGCACCAUCAUUCGAGUUGGCUCUCAUGGUAGUUUGAAAAUUUUGGUUGGGUGUCAUCUAAUUGUAGUUGCCCCUCAAGUGUUGAACCUGUAUUCCUCUGUUUGUACCUGAAGUUAAUGUUGUCUGUACUUCGUUCGGAACCGCUAUUCUCAUGUUAGCCAUAGGAUGAUGCUGUUUUUGCUUUGUAUGUCGACUGACUUGCGUUGUUGUGUUGUGCCUUUAGAAUGAUCAAUUAUGUUGUAUCCAAAGAAUAGUCCCGAUUAUAUGGAGUAAUAUUUUGUUCUA